GUUGAUUUCCAGGCAUGUUCCUGGUGAAGAAUAUGUGCGAAUGCAUUGUGAAAUAGUUGCAUUAUAAUUGUUUGUUACGUUAUUGUGUUUGCGCAUAAACGCAAGAUAUUAUCAGUACUCAGUAAUGUUAUAGGCAACACGAACAUUUUGCACAACAGGCAUUCUAAUGACCGCUGUUGUCACAAAAGGAAAAAGAAGAGCAAACAAACAUGGAUGAAAUCCGAUCGUGGUGGGAAGUGCCAAGUAUUGCCCAUUUUUGUUCACUCUUCAGAGCAGCCUUUAAUUUGGCAGAUUUUGACAUUGAGGAACUGGAAGAUGCGCUGCUUGGAUCAUCAUCUUGGGACACCUGUCAUCUGUUGCUCGACAUAAUCUGUCCAUUACUUGGAGGUUGCUAUGACCGGGAAGACAUAACAUCUUACAAUUUUGAACUGUAUCUCAAAGACAUCUUGAAGCAGCGAUGGGAAGUAGGCCUGCAGAAGGUCAACCCAAUGGAGGAUUGCGAAUUCCUUGCCUUGCCGAUCAGAACGAAGGUCGAAAUACUUCAUGCUCUCUGUGACUUCAGGCUCGAUGCUGAUGAUGCUGUUGAAUUCCUCAAAGGAUUGGAAGGUGACAAUCUACGAGUGGAGCCACUUGGUAUUGACUCUCGAGGCGCCACCUACUGGUAUUUUUAUGGGACUAGAUUAUACAUGGAAGACCUGGACCCACCUGAAGAACCACCACCUAGAAACAAACGAAAAAAGAAGAAAGAAAAACUUGUUGAAGAAAUGGUUGAGAAAAAGAAGAAACGAAAAAGAGAGAAAAAGAAUGUAGAACAGGAUAGACAGGCCAAUAAACAUGACCGCAGACAAAGACGCAGUACCAGAUUAUCAAAUCCAGAGCCCAAUAAAUUAAUGACUGAUGCAGAACCAAAUAUGCCUGAUAAAAGACCUAAACGGAAGAAGGUAAAGAAGCAAAAGGAGCAAAUAAAUGAUUCAUCUGAUGAAGACGAUAUUCCUCUAGCUUCUUUAAUUAAACCUGUUCAGAACAUUCCACAAGCCGAAUGUCACAACUUACAAGAAACACAAGAAGGUGAUAUCACAUCUAAUGAAAUAGAUAAAGCAUAUGCUGGUUCGGAAGUUGGUGAAAAGUUGGAUGAAUCUGCAGCUCAAGAUGUAGAAACAUCGGUGAAUACUUCAAAUGAUGCAAAUGAUAUGGAAGUGUCCGAAGCAGAAGACGACACUUCACCCAGUAUUAAUGAUUCUGUCAGUCCUUCAGUGAUUAAUGAUAAUGAUCCUGUAAGUCCUCUGACCACAAAUACUAAUGCAAGCAGUAAUCCAUCAAGUCCUUUAACCACCACUAACAGCUUGGAUGACUCUGCAGCCAAUGUUAAAGUGAAUGCUGAUCCUUCAAGUCCUCGUACUACGCAGAAUGAUACCGACUGUCUGAACACCACUUUGACCAGUGUUACGGAUUCUACUGAUCCUGCAACUCCCUCCAUCAUCUACACCGAUUUGAACAGUUUGGAUAGCUCUUCAGUUGGUGGUGUCAAUUCUAACAAUCCUGCCAGCCCCCUGACCACAGACACUGGUUUUAACAGUUUGGAUAGCACUUCAGCCAGUAUUACAGAUUCAAACAGUGCUUCAAGUCCUCUGACCUCAAACAGUGAAUCUAAAAGCUUGGACAGCACUUCAGCCAGUGCUACCAAUUCUAAGAAUUCUACACGCACCGGUUCAGAAAAUAAUUUAACAGCUCUAAAUGAGGUUAAUAAUUUUUCAGUUGAAACAUCUAGUAGUAUUGAGGAAGAAAAGAUGGAUUUAGAGGUGACCAAAGAAGACCAAACCAAAUGUACUAUUACAGAAAAGCCAGAAAGCGAUGUCGACAACAGUAACAAAAUGGACACAUGUGAACUUGAGAAAGACAUGAACAGUGAUGCUACCAAUGAAAAAAUUGUGAAUAUUCAAGAAAAUGAUUUGACAACAGAAAAUAUGUUGGGUUUAGAUGGCGGUGAAACAAUACCUGAAGAUGGCAAAGAAAAUGAUGAAACUACAAGUGAAGACAUUGAAGUAAAGGAUGAAACUAAUCCUGACGAUUGUAAAGUAAAGGAGAAAAUAAAUCCUGAAGAUAGUAAAAUAAAGGAUGAAACUGAUCCUGAAGAUGGUAAAGCAAAGAAUGAAACUGAUCUUGAAGAUGGUAAAGUAAAGGAUGAAACCAAUCCUGAAGGUUGUAAAAUAAAGGAUGAAACUAAUCCUGAAGAUAGUAAAGUAAAGGAUGAAACUGAUUUUGAAGAUGGUAAAGUAAAGGAUGAAACUGAUCUUGAAGAUUGUAAAGUAAAGGAUGAAACUGAUCCUGAAGAUUGGAAAUUAAAGAAUGAAACCAAUCCUGAAGAUUCUAAAGUAAAGGAUGAAGCUAAUUCUGAAGAUAGUAAAGUAAAGGAUGAAACUGUAGAUGAGAAAUAUGCAGCCACUGAUGUUUCACCAAAACCAAUUCCCACUCCACCAAAGAUCUCUGUUUACAAGGACGAUAUUUCCAUCACAACCCGAUGGCAUGUGGUAUGCAGCACACUGGAAGAUUGGCAGAAACUGGCUGAUAGUUUUAAAGAUGCUACUAUACGAUGUGACAAAAUUCUUUUCAAGACAUUGUCUGAAGAUUUUCUGCCAGAAAUUCCUCGCAUUGUUGAGGAACAGGAAAAGGAGUUGAAGAAACGUCUGCUAGAGAGCUUGCCACGUCGGACAUCAUUCAGGCUGGAGCAGAAAAAACAGAUGCAGCAACAAGUGGACAGCACACUAGAUGAAAAACAAGCUGAAGAAGAAGAGCAACGAAGAAAGAGGUUAGAAGAAGAGAAAUUGGAAAUACAGCGUCGUCAGAGAGAAGAACGAGAGAGAAUAAGAGAGAAACAAAGGGAAGAACGGGAAAGAGCAAGUGCAGAGCGUGCAAGAAGAGUGCAGUUAAGGGAAGAACGAGCCAGACUAAUUGCAGAGGGCAAAGAAAUUCCUCCACACUUGAUGAACAUUGAUGGAUCAAAUCAUGGACGAAAUGAUUCUGGAUUUACAGAGCUGGACAGUGAUGUUUUUUCAGGAAUGAAGAGAGUGCUGAAAGCCGUGAAAAACCACUCGGAUUCAUGGCCUUUCUGGGAAGCAGUAAAUGAGGAGACUGUUCCAGAUUACUAUGAAAUUAUUAAGCAUCCAAUUGAUCUAAAUACCAUUGAAAAGAAAUUGGACCGAAAUGAGUACACAUCACGGGAGGAAUUUAUUGAAGACUUUAGAUUGAUGUUUGACAACUGUGAAAAAUACAAUGGUCCAGAUAAUGACUUCACCUAUAUGUCUCGAACAGUAGAGAAGUUAUUCAACAAUCGAGUUAGGCAGAAUCUUCCUGAGAAAGUAGACGACUCGGAUGAAGACUAUGUGUGCGAGAAUGAAUGGAGACAACAUCCGCGAAGAAAGGCCAACACGAGACAGAAACAAUACAUGGAUGAUUUUGUGGACCUGUACCAGUGCUACAUGUGUGGGCGUGGUGAUGGUGAAGACUGCAUGUUGCUGUGUGACAACUGUGAUGAUGCCUUUCACACGUACUGUUUAAUCCCGCCGCUCUCCGAGAUCCCAUCUGGAAGCUGGAUUUGUCCUAGAUGUACUGGCCUAGAUGAGCGGUCUUCAGAUGGAAAUUCUGUUGGAACAAGAGUUAUGUAUCCUGCUCUUAAAAUACGUGAUUCUAAUGACCGGCAGUUUGUGCACCAACGUGCUGUUGUUACUAACAGACAUAGAUUGUCAGGAUAUGGUAGCUGGAGGCAGGAAAAAGAGCAAAACACAGAGGAAACUGAAGAACAGAAAUUGCUUAAAACUUUCAAUUGUAAGUCGAGGUCAGAACUGAUCAAGUUAGCCAGAUCUGGUAUUCCACUGGAAUCUAAAAUGAAUCUUUGUAAACCCAGCCUUCCAUUUUCUUCUUAUAAGAUGAAGUCUCCAAAUUCAGAUGUUACAGUUGUCAAUGGAGAAGUUAAAUCUGAUCCUGAAAUGGAGUCAUUACCUUUGCAUCACAGAAUCCAGGAAAGAGAGGCUCAGAAGGCGAAUCAGAGACAGUACAAGUUCACUUGGGAACCAUGUUGUUCAAGUAAAGGCAGAACAACAUCACCAAGUAAAAAGAAUAUUGUACCAACUGGAAUUGUAGAGACGCCAACACCAAAAACAAGAAUUAUUAAAAUGAGCCUGGAGGAUUUUAAGAAAUUCCAGUCUCAAGGUAAAACGUCAAUAGUGGUAAAGACACCAACAGGAACCCAGGUGAUUCACUUGGGUAAUCUUAAGCUGCCAACCACUAAAAGUGUGGCCCAGAUACCCAGUGAGGAGAAACCUAAAUGUGAAACUGCUAGUCUGGUUAAUGAGGAAAAGGAAACCUGUGCUGUGAAAGAACCAAGCAAAUCUGCAGAUGACACUAUUCUCACAGGUAUUGGUGCUAGAACAGAAGAGGUGAAACCUGAAAAAAGCUGUGAUCUGUUGGGUGCGUUUGGGUCAGAAAACGUGCCUGCACCAUUGGUACCAGUUGACUCAUCUGAUGCUUCUAAAAGUGUUGACGAACAAAAACCCUGUGACCAAACUACAUGUGAUAACUCAAAACAGAGUAGUAGUUUAGAUGUACCUCAUUUGGGUGAAACUGAAAACAUGGAAACAAAAGAUGAAUGUUCAGAAAGGUCGCAAAAAAGAGGAUAUCAGUCAGACUUCUUUGCUGACGAACUGGAGAAUGAUGAUGAAGAUGGUUUACCUCCAACACUGGAGAGAGUAGACAUAGAACCAGAGAUCCCAGCUGAAGUUCCAGUAGAUGAUGAUGCUAUUCCCAAACUAGCGAGAGAAUGCAUUGUAAAGCAACCCGAAAGUCAUGUGCCGUUUGUUCCUAAAUUGGCCAGACGACUUAUUACUGAUUCUGAUGAGGAAGAUGAUACACUUCCUUCUGAAAUGAAUAUGUGCUCAACAUCCACAUUCACUUCACUUAAACGUAAACAGUCUGAUGAUUUUAGCCUGUACACUGGUCCAGAAGAUGAAGCUCUUUUGCAGUUGGACAGUUUCAAAAAACUAAAACCUUCACCAAGCGUAAAAACAUAUAAUCGCAUGUCACUUGCCGAGUGCGUUGUAAAUAGAAGGGUUCAUGAACAGAAUAUUAACAAUUUACAACCCAAAAAAUCUAAAUUGAAUCACGAGUCAAACUACACUUUAGAUUUGAGUGGUGCUCAAUCACCUCAGGUAUUGCCAGAGACUGGUAAUGUUUCAGGAGCAGAGGACUUGGGUCCACCCAUCCUUUCCAAAAUGGACUCUUCAAGUGACAGUUUGACAUCUGACAGUAAAACCAAGGUCCAAACAAAAAACAUUCCAUGUCCACCAUCACUUUCAUCAGCAACAACGCCCAGACAGUCUAAAGAAGUUAAAGUCCCAAAAUCAAUAGUUUCUGUAAAAGACGUAUCCAGUGCUAAGAAAAAGAAAUCGGUAACAUUUGCACCAUCUGUAUUCUCCAAAAACCAGAGCAGUGCAGAAACUGUUACCACUGCUGCCGAUUCUGUUCCAGUGACAUCUGCUUAUAUCACAUCAGUUGCUGCAGCUGCAGAUCCCAUUCCCAGUGUGUGUACUGAGUUGGUCUCAAAUAAAAAUCCUAGUGAAGACAAGGUUGUUGUUACCAAAACCAUCCAGGUUAGGAACUUGCCACAGGUCAUGGUUAGAGGUAUUCAAAUGGGACUGAGGAAACCAAUCAACGUUGAUGUUGAUUGUAGUUCUGCUGGUUCCACAGUCUAUACAAAAAGAGCUGCUACUUCAAAAAUAUCUUUUAAUGCAAAAGUUUGUUCACCAUUAAAAGCUGGUGCACAGGUAAAGACUGGGACAAGGACUAACAUUUAUUCACCAGUGAAAUUGCCUGAAUGCAAAAAAGAGUUUGUUAGCACCACAUCUCCACUUGCUUUGAAGACUUCAAGUCUUCAGUCAAAGAGUCAGUUAGGAAUCAAGACCACAGAAAGAAUCCCGUCACCAGUGAGCUGUGAUUCAAAAACUGAAUCUGUGGUCCAAGCUCCCAAAUUGGAUGAGAAUGUAGAAUCACAGGUUACAAAGAUUGUAGGUUGUGGUAGGGAUCAAAAAGUAGAUAACAAAAGGAUAGAGCAAGAUGAAUCUCCUGAGGAUAUAUCUGUCAAAGUAUUGGAAAAGGAAGAUCUUGAUGGCAAGAGCACUCAGAAUAUUACUACUAAUAAUACAACCAUUGAAAAGGAUAGUCAUGACAAGUUAGCUAAUGUAAUUGAGGCGGCCACAAAAGUUGAAACACCUGAACAACAAAACAUUCCAGAAGAUGUUUCCAUGAAAAAUCUAGAUGAUUCUGAGACUGGGGAAUCGGUCAAUAUUCCCACAGAUGAAGAAAAAAUUGAAAUUGAUCAAAUGCAAAACACAAAUGAUUUGUCUGAACCUAAAGAAUUAACAGAAAUGAAUGUUGCUAAUCUUAAAAAACAAGAUGACCUUGCUGAAGAUGUAACUAUAGAAGGUCCAGAUAAUUCUGAAGAUCAUGGUUCAUGUAUUACAUCCACUGAAAAGGAUAAAAAUGAAGGUGUUAAAAAUCUUGAAGAAACUAAUGUGUGUUCAACUGGAGGGAAAAAGAUGGAAAUUUCUGAAUUUGGAAAACAAGAUGACGAAUCAGAGGUGGCGAGGCCAGCUGAUAAUGAAAAUAAUGCUGUUUAUACAUGUAUUGUGCCUAAGGGAAAAAUAGAAAUUCAUCAAAAGGAAGAAAAAAACGUGUGUAAAACUGGAGAAGUGUUAAAAAAGGACACUGCUAUACUUGAAAAAGCAGAUGACCUACCCAGUGAUGCAUUUAUUAAAAAACAAGAUGAUGAAAAAAUUAGUGUUUUGCCCAUAGACAAAGUACCUCUAGAAAUUGAUCCAAAACAGGACUCUGAGGUGGAUGAAAGCAAAAAAAUUGUGGAAACUGAGCAUAAAGAAAAUAAAACCUGUGAUACCAACAAAAAUUCUAAAUGUAUUGAAACUGAUAUUGAUAUUGCGUCAACUCGGACAACACCAGUUUUGAUUAAACCUAGUCACAAACUAAAAGAUGUUUAUGUUUCUUGCUUUAGGUAUCCUCAAAAUGUUAAUUUGACUAAGAAGGGUGUGGUUAAACUACAGACAAAUCGGGUUAGUGAUUCUGAAGCACUUAAAGAUUCGUUGGAAACAAAUGAUGAAUCUUUGUCAAAUGUUGGUGAAGUGCAUGAUAACUCUGAAACCACUGCCAUUUUCACACAUAAUGACAGUGAUUCCAUAAAGCCAGAUGUUUCCUUUGAAUCUUCUAGCGGUAACAAAACGGUUGAAUCACUUCAGAAUGUUGAUAAAUCUGAUGAUAAUCGGUCUGCAGCAAGUGAUGAUUCUGUUGAAGAAGCUGGUGUCACCAGCAAAAUUGUUCAUUUAUGUGAAGAAUCCAACAAUUCUGCUGAAAGUGUCACUAGUGAUAUUUCCAUAGAAAGUAGACCCACUGACAGUGAUAGCAAAGGCAGCAUUUCAGCUCAAAGUGACCUUGAUGCUAUGCCUGUUGAUACUACUGAUAAUUCAAAACACAAAUGUCAAUCAGUGGGCAAUGAAAAAACAAGACAACCGUCUAAGAUUUCGGGUUCUGUGUUAACUUCUGUACAGAAUCAUUCAGAAAGUUCCUAUAGUCACACAGAGUCAUCUCCUUUUAAGCGACCAGCUUUACCAGAACAGUCAAAUGUAGGAGUCGUAAAAACUUCAAAGCCUGCACCAGAUUGUUUGAAAAAAAGUUCCUCUGAGAAGAGUGUUGACCAGUCUAGAACUGGAGUACCCCAUAAAGGUCUUACGUCACUGAAAGGUCCAUCUUCAGAUGUCUCAAAAGAAACCAGUGCAAAAAGUCUUGUUCAAGGUCCGAGAAAUGUUUCAGUGGACAGAAUCUCUUCACCAAGUGGCUCCAAUACCUCACCACCAAAAGAAGAGAGAAAUGUUUUCAGUGCCUUUUGCAGUGUUAGUCAGCCGCCAGAAUGCAGUUCCAUCUCCACAGAAAGAAAAAGUGAUACACUUGAAAUUAAAUCUCAGUCACAUUAUAAUCUACCCAAAAGCUUUGCAGCCUCCUUGUCCAAUAAACUGAAGAACAUUGCAGCAGUUGUCUCCCCUGUCAAAGUCAUUCAGGAUGACAUUCAAGAUGAACACAUUAUGACUAGUUAUAGUGUGCCAAGUGAGCAUCAUGAAAUAGGUUUAUCCCAUGCACCAGACCUUCAUAGUAUCCAGGAAAGCAAAAUGGCUAAAUCGGCUGAUGACAAAAGUUGAACGAGGCCAAGCAUUUGUGAACUGAAGUAUGAAUCAAACAAGAUGAAGACAUGGAUGUUGCGUCCUGUGUAUUCAUUUAAAGUAGACUUAUAGUGCAGUGUGUGGGCACUGUAAAUUUGUACAGUGUGAAAUUUACUGUUAUAGGUGACAAUUAUUUGACGAAUGCAAUAAGUCAAAUCUGGAUUGGCAAGAAGAAGUGGUGCAGAACAUAUUUUUAACAGCUGCUUCAUUGAAUUCUACAAAAAUGAAAAUAUAAUAAAAAAACAAAGUAGCAUUUUAUUUUUUAAAAUUCAUUUGUGCAAUUAUACAUUAAUGAUGAAAUAUGUAUAUGUAAUUGGUAACUACAACCAUACUGUAUAUAGACAUUUUGUGAAUGAAUCUACCUGUCCAGUAGUGUAUGAAUGUACUUUUAGAAUUGAUAUUCCAAAACCAUCAGCAUAUUAUUUUUUAUCUACCAAACCAAACCGGCAUCGUGGUAGGCCAUCGGUCUACAGGCUGGUAGGUACUGGGUUCGGAUCCCAGUCGAGGCAUGGGAUUUU